AUGUCCUCUUCUUCUCUCUUCGAACUCCCCAUCGGCCCAUGCGGCAAGCACCCCGGCGGCACGCUCACAUGCACCGAGCCCCAGCCCCAAGUCUACCUGUUGACGUGGAAUUCGCCGCCCGACAACCGCCUCACAACGCCCUUCUGCAAGACGCUGCUCGCGGCGCUUGACAUUCUCGAGUUCGGCGACUAUGCGCCCGGCGUCGUCGUCACCACGUCGGGCAUUGCCAAGAACUACUCCAACGGCUUCGAUCUCGAGCACACGCUGGCCAAUAAAGAAGUCUUUUUUCCCUUUUACUACGGCCUCUGGGUGCGAUUUUUGACUAUGCCUGACCCCCCCCCCCCCCCCCCCCCACGAUACCCCAUGCCCACCGUCGCCCUCAUGAACGGCCACGGCUACGCCGCAGGCCUCAUGCUCGCCAUGGCCCACGACUACCGCCUCGCCCCCUCCCCGCGCGGCUUCUUCUGCCUCCCCGAGCUCACCUACGGCCUGCCGCUGACCCCGGCCAUGGCCAGCCUCUUCCGGCACAAGCUCCCCUCCGCCGCCGCGCUGCGCGACCUCGCCCUCGAGGCCGGCCAGCUGACGGGCCCGCAAAUCGUCGACUUGGGCAUCGCCGACGCCCUCGCCCCGACGCCCGCCGACGCCUGGAAGUUUAUCGCGGACCGAAAGCUGGCGGAAAAGGCCAAGCCGGGCGUGUACGGCACCAUCAAGAGCGAGCUGUACAAGGACCUGAUUAAAGAGCUGAGAGGCGAGGGCUUGGAGAGGGAGGAGCAGAGACAUCGGGACGAUGGGGAUAAAGUGGCAGAGAGGGUCGAGUUUGGCAAGGUCUGGUAUGAGCAGUGGAAGGCGGGCAAAGCGAAGCUAUAG